AAUAUGGUAAUCAGAGCCUAGGUUAAUUUUUUUUUUUUCUCUCCAACCCUUCAACCUAGCCGUCAUCUUCCUCGCGAAGCUUGCCUCCCAUGGCUGCCGACCCCAAAAAUAUCCUCUCUCUCAACAUUAAACAGCAUGUUCCCCUCACUCUCAACCUCGAUAACGUGCACUACUCCUCUUGGGCCGAGCUUUUCAAGAUCACCGCUCGUGCUCACCAACUUCUCCAUCACAUAAUCCCUCCCACUGAACCACUCGAAAUCAAAGACAAAGAGCUCUGGGGUCGUCUUGAUGCCGUGGUCCUACAGUGGAUUUACGGGACAAUUUCCGAGGAUCUUAUGCUCACCAUUUUAGAACCCGACUCCACCGCACAAAAGGCAUGGGAGCGUCUUCGCGAUAUAUUUCAAGAUAACAAAUAUUCUCGUGCGGUGUAUCUUGAAAAUCAAUUUUCGAAUACUCAACUCGAAAAUUUUAAAGAUGUUUCUUCCUACUGUCAGAAACUAAAGCUACUUUCCGACCAACUUGCCGGUGUUGGUUCGCCCGUCACCAACCAACGUCUUGUUCUACAACUCGUGGCAGGCCUCACGGACAUGUAUGACAAUGUUGCCUCCAUCAUCCAACAAAGUGAUCCCCUACCCCCUUUUUACAAGGCUCGCUCCAUGCUAACGUUGGAAGAAUCCCGGAAAGCCCAACAACUUGGUUCCUCCUCAUCUAAUGCACUGAUUGCUGCCACUGACACCUCCACAGGGGACUCGGAUGAUCCAACCGGGUUUGAUACAGCUCCUACCACCCACCGUCCCUCGCCCGCACCUUCUAGCUCUCGUGGCCGGGGGCGAGGUGGUCGCGGUGGUCGCUCCUCCGGCAGCAGGGGCCGCGGCCGUGGUCGUCAGCACCACACUCACCCUUCUCAGCAGCCUCGGUAUGGUUACCCUCCCCCUUAUUCUUAUUAUUAUGGGCCUGGUCAGUGGCCCUUUCCGCCGCCGCCCUCAUACGGACCGCCUGCCGCGUGGUCUCCCGGCCCCUGCCCUUAUCCGACUGCUCCUCCGCCUCGCCAUGCUCCCAGGGCCAGCAGCGGACAUGGAGUCCUCGGCCCCAGACCAGCCCACGCAUAUGCUGCCGAGCUCGAGCCCACAUCCCAUGAUCUCAUUCCGACAGAUAUUAAUGCAGCAUUCCAUACUAUGACGUUGACUCAACCUGAUGAUAACUGGUACAUGGACACUGGUGCCUCCUCUCACAUGACGGGUGAUGCAGGACCUUCGGACGGGGACUAUCAUUUUGAGAUGUGAUAGUACGGGCGAUCUCUACCCUCUCUCAUCUACCACUCCUCCUUAUGCUCAAGCUUUUGCUGCUCUCUCCACCACCACCUGGCACAACCGUCUAGGCCAUCCUGGACCCCCUGUGUUUAACUCUCUUAAGUCCAAUAAAUUCAUUUCAUGUAAUUCUAGUGGUGUAUGUUUUUGCCAUGCAUGUCAGUUUGGAAAACACACUAGGUUACCUUUUUAUGCAUCUAAUAAUACUACUGUUGCGCCCUUUGAUAUUGUGCAUAGUGAUCUGUGGACCUCACCUAUUUUGAGCUCCUCGGGUCAUCGUUAUUAUGUUUUGUUUUUGGAUGAUUACACUAAUUUUCUUUGGACUUACCCUCUCACAAACAAAUCCCAAGUUCUAUCUACGUUCAUCACUUUUCGCGAAUAUAUUCACACUCAAUUUGAACGUAAAAUAAAAAGUUUUCAAUGUGACAAUGGCCGGGAAUUUGACAACUCUCCCUUCCAAAAACAAUGUGCGCAACAUGGCAUGUAUUUUCGUUUUUCUUGCCCCUACACAUCUUCCCAAAAUGGCA